AAAAAAACGAAAAACUGUCCAUAACUGCCACACUCCAGAGUUCCUGGAACCAGACCCGGUAUUUUCUCAUCGAAAAGCAAUGAACCACUGAAUAUACCCACAAUUACGAUUACCACGCUCUCUCAGAUGUCAACGACACUCGCACAAGUUGAGGACCAACACUAGUGCACCUGUGCAUCAACAAAUUAACCUAAAAGUGGACAGAGUGGAGUGGAGAUGAGUGGGGGACAGCCGAGUGUUAAUGAGAUGGAGGUGGACGAUAACAAUGCUGGUGUUGUUGAUGCCCCCAUGGAGGUAGCCGCCUCCGUGGAGAAGCCCUCGACGUCGGCUGGCUCCGGGAGCCAGAACACGUGCAGAGUCAUGGCAUCCUCGGGGACUGUGGGCUCAGUCUCCAUCAGUCUUCAUCCCCUUGUUAUUAUGAAUGUCAGUGAACACUGGACGAGACUGAGGGCUCAGGAGGGCAGUGAACAAUUGGUCUAUGGAGCUCUCAUUGGAAAGCAAAAGGGUCGUAACAUCGAGAUAAUGAACUCCUUCGAGCUCCUCUUCUCUGUGAUUGGGGGUGACGUUAUCAUUGAUAAGGACUACUACAAUACUAAGGAGGAGCAGUUCAAGCAGGUGUUCAGUGAGAUGGAUUUCCUCGGGUGGUACACAACUGGUGAUCAGGCUAACGAGAGGGACAUCAGUGUCCAUAAGCAACUGUGUGUAAUCAACGAGAGUCCAGUUUUGUUGAAACUGGAUCCCAGGCCCAGAAACACUGACCAAUUGUCAGUUUCUAUGUACGAGUCCGUGAUUGAUCUCGUCAAUGGUGAAGCCACGAUGCUGUUUGUCCCCUUAACCUACACACUAGCCACCGAGGAGGCUGAGAGAAUUGGAGUUGAUCAUGUCGCCAGAAUGUGCACGAAUGAUCAGGGAGAAAGUUCACUAGUUGUUGAACACCUCAUGGCACAGCACAGUGCUAUUAAAAUGCUUCAUUCACGUGUCAAACUCAUCCUCAUGUACCUCCAGGCUGUUGAAUCAGGUGAACUAACGCCUAAUCAUGAGAUAUUGAGAGCAGCUAGGUCACUGGCACAUCAUCUGCCUGUUUUGAACAGUGAUAAAUUCAAAGCUGAUUUUUACAACCAAUGCAAUGACUUUGGUCUCAUCACCUACCUCGGAAUAAUAACCAAAGGGUGCAACGAUAUGAAUCAAUUCGUCAAUAAAUUCAAUUUCCUGUAUGAGAGAGCGGGCGUUGGCCCUGUACACACGAGACGCAUUCGAAACUUGUUCUUUUGAUUUACAAAGUAAAUAUCAUGUCCAAGGAAAUUUAUGGAAAAACAAAAAAACCUCUGUACUAACUGAUAAGCUUAAGGUAAUGUGAAUUAAAGUAAUUUAGAUAAAAAGAA